GAAGCUUUUGCAUACAUGUCCCUUCGUCUGUCCGUCGCAGCCGGUUCUCCGCUCCCUCGUGACCGAUCCUGCUCCUUCCAAUCCUCAAAUUGACGCAACGCAACAUGAGCCAACGUGUAGUAAACGCCGUCUUCAGAGCAUCUGCAAGCACCUCAAGCUGGUCGUCCCCAACGCGAACAGCGCUGGCUCGCGCCACCAUCUGUCCUCUACCCUCUGCCUCACCGUCGCCCAGCCUCGUCCGCUUCAAGUCCAAGAAGAACAAGGCGUCCUUAGCAUCUAACGUCGACGAGCCGCGCGCAGGCAAUGACGAUGUCCCCGUCAUCAAGACGAAGGGCAAAGGCAAGUCAGACUUCUCCUCUGGCGCGCCUCGAGGCGCGAAGUCCAAGCGUGGAGGCAAGGAGCAGGCUCAGGUCGAGGACAGCGGCAACUUCCGUCACUCCACGAAGAAUGACGAGCUGCCAGGCGAGGUUUUCCGACUCGAUGCGACGGAGAAGGAGAUCAAGCAGACGGUGGACCAGUGCAAGUCUAGUGUGAACCAGAUGGUUGGCAUGCAAGGGAGGGCGGACCCUUCGCUGCUUGACCGGGCGAGAGUGCGAUAUGGGGAUGAUGGGGAGGAGUACCCGCUGAGGGACUUUGCCAGCGUAGGGACCAAGGAUGGAGCCUUGAUAGUCACGCUGUAUGAUUCGAGCAUGCUGAAGCAUGUGGAGAGGGCGAUUUACUUGGCUGAGUUGGGCUUGACGCCGCAGCAGGUGGGGUCGGGAGAUGAGGCCGUUCUCAGGAUCCCCGUGCCCAGACCCACGUCAGAAACUCGUGCCAAACUCCUCCAAGACGUGAAUCGCAUCUGCGAGAACUGCCGCGUAUCCGUCCGUUCGAUCCGCCAUCAAGCGCAGAAGCAGAUAAAGGGAGACGUCAAGAGCGGGACGAUCGGCGAGGAUGAAGGCUUUAGGAAGCUAAAGGCUGUGGACGAGACUGCCAUGAAGUCGACGAGGGAGGUGGACGAUCUCCAGGCGGGGCUCAAGAAGAAGAUUGAGAAGGAGGACGCGUAGGGCGAGAGGGUGGUAACACUUCAUAUGAUAAUCUAGCGAAGAAUGCGUUGGUAUUGUUUGAGAGA